CAUCAUCAUCAUCAUCAUCAUCACUACUACUUCACCACACCACCAUCACCAUCACGUCCCCAACAUUCUCAUCUGACGACUCACCGCGUCGGGGGUUGGUGGUCGUCUCGGACUUUACCUCCGACGCGGGGCCGUCUUGUCCUUCCACUCCUCCACUCCGUCGCACCCUCACGUCUUCUGUUCCCUUGCAGGAUCUGGCGGGUGGAGCGACCGUUAGCAACAGUGGCGUCAGUACACCUCGAAGGCGACACUUGACCCUGGACAUGACGGGUCGCUCCAUGAGCGCAAAUAAUAUUCAUCAAGCAAGCUCUUCCGGCUACACCUCGCCAACGCGUAUCAAAAAUCCAAGCAUUGACGUCUUCUUAUCCGCUACAACCGCGCUCAUGCCUCUCGUGAGAGAUCCACAUCACAUCCUCCCCGUCUCAGUUCCCGGUACACCAGGUGGUUCACCGCCCCUCUCUCGACGAAACUCUCCACUCCCAUCCGCCCGUGCGUCCAUGCUCGACAUGGAAGCAGAGUACAACGCUCUCGCCGGUCCGUCUAGUCCUCGAACUUCCACGUCUACCGUGACACGCUCAGAUCCUGAAUCAGUCGAUGAAGAUGAAUUUCUACCGACCUAUCAGCGUAAUCAUGCUCCAUCAUGGUUCACAAGUGGCGUCGAGUCCAGUCUGGUCUCUCCAAAAAUCACCAACCAUCGUUCUAGGCCUCCACCGUUGAGAAUACCAUCGGGUCGUCCGAAACGAUGGAGAAGGGCUUUGAACGCCCUCGGAUUCACCGGCACUGGAUCACGCACCGGAACCAGAGUAAAAGAGAGGGAACGAUUGAUGAGCGACUUCUCGAGUCCCUUGUCGAGAGCAGAUGACCCAAAAUGGUUCACACGGACAAUGGCCUAUGUCCCAACUACCCCCUGGGGCAUCGUCUCCUUCCUCUUCUUCUUCGGCUGCUUCGCAGUCUCCAUGACCAUCCUACUCAAGUACAUUCUCGAGCCAGACAAGCAAGCGCUUCCCUGGCGAGCGUACUGCUCCUCUGACUACCCAACCCUCUACUCUCUCCAACACACCCGUGAUCCACUAGGAGAAUCUUUCGGACCUGGUUCAUCGGAGCACCCCCUUCCCCCUCCCACUUACCUCGACCACUCUCACCUUCCUCCGCACGGAUCAACCGAUGCACAUCGUAGCCUCUUCCCCUUUGGCUCUUCCGACACGCUCACUUUGAAGCCACUGACAUCUGACAUGUCCGCUUGGCCGUUUCCAGGUCAGUCAACAGCUCCUCGUGCUGGCGAAAUCCAGAGCGCACUCUCCGACACACCUCCAGUGGGCGUCUUUGUCGGCGUCUUCACAUACGACGCGGCCGUCGCUAGGCGGAAUAUGAUCCGCAUGAGCUACGCGAGUCAUGCUCGGAGUCGAAAAGUGGGCAGUAAAAGCGUGAGACUUAGGUUCAUUAUGGGUCGACCGUCUCACCGGCAUCGAAAGGCGGUCGAGCUCGAAAUGGAAGCCUUCAAUGACAUUGUCAUCUUGGAUAUUCCCGAAAAUAUGAACCAAGGAAAGACUCACGCCUACUUCACAUGGGCUGCUGAGCACGCCAUGGUCGACGAUUACGACUUUGCGACAUACGAUCUUCCUGUUCCUGCGAGCCAGAGCGACGUUGCUGCUCGUCCCAAGCCAGUGCAAAAGGGCGAGCGCAGACCAGAUUAUAUCGUCAAGGCAGACGAUGACUCGUUCAUCAUGCUUGGAGAGCUCGAAAGGCGACUACGAGUGAUACCUAGAAAAAUGGCAUAUUGGGGUUACCUCGUGAAGAACAAAUUUAUGGGUGGUCAAUGUUAUGCCCUCUCACUCGAUCUCGCCGAAUACGUCGCUUCGUUCCCUCCCCUUCGACAGAUGACCCACGGCAAGGAGGAUAAGCUGGUCAGCCGCUGGAUGACAGUACACCCCCAGAAGGAGAACAUUGUUUGGGUAUCGGAAAAAUGCGGAAUCUACGAUCACCCUCGAGCUGGAACAGUCUACUCACACGGCUUCUUAUUUCCUUCGGAAAUCGCCAAGACGAGAGAAGAGCAGUCAACGGGGUUGGAUACCGAGACGACUCUGCUUCGCGGUGGGCUUCUGGCCGACGCGUACUCGACGGUGUCCAAAUUUGGGGUCCCGUUCCGUCCUCUGAGAGGGAUCAAGACGGCUGAACAGAAUGUUGAAUCGCUUGUUGAAGGGUCCCCAUUGUCCAAAUUGCGCGACUAUCCUCAAGGUCCGGCUUCCGUCCCAGAGUCUGAAUGGAGGGUCAAAUCGAACACUGAAAAAGUUUCAACCUUAUUCGACAUGCGACCAAGUCGAUCGUCUAGAUUUCUCGACGACGCCGAUGAAAGGGGAGGAACAGUGGUAGUCCAUUACAUCAAGAAGAGAGAAUGGUUCAUCGAAACCAUGGUGGCGCUGCUUGGCACGUCAGAGCACCAUCUCAAAGGGACUUAAGGGUGACCAUUGUCCUAGAGAUUUGUCUAGCUGUACAUAGCUUAAUAAUGUUGGAUCAAUCUACAUUGUGCAUGAUCCAAUUU